AUGGAUCUCGUCUCAUUUAUGCUCUCAAGUCCUGCUCUUACAACUUCAUCUUCAUCAAGUGAUGAUCUCCUUGUUGAUGCUACCUCUCCAUCACAUAAACAAACCCCAGACCAAUAUCGUGCAUCUAUUGUUGCAAUUGCAAAUCUUUUAGCAUCUCCUAAAUAUAAUGUCUCCCCAGGUGAUACUGUCUGUAUCUUUUGUUAUAAUGAUGUCUUGCUACCUUCUACCCAUAUUGGAAUCCUAGCAACAGGUGCUGUUGUUUCUCCUGCUAAUAUCGUCUACUUACCUUCAGAACUAAGGCAUCAGCUAACUACCACAAAAGCUAAAAUUGUAAUUACAAUUCCUGAAAAAAAACAAGUGGUAGAAGAAGCCCUUGCCUUGGGUCCUCAUAAUGUCUCCCACAUUGUUUACCUAAAUGACUUUGCUAAAGAAGCUUUGGAUUCUUGUCGUUACUCUCAAGAUGAAAUCUCUAAAAGAGCUAAACAUCCUCAAGGCCCCAUUGUUGGACUUAGACAAAUCCUUCCUCCUGCUGCUUCUAACCUUACACCUGACUCUCAUGCUUACUAUUGUUUCUCUUCAGGUACUUCAGGUGUCCCUAAAGGUGUCAUCACUGCCCAUAACAAUAUGGUCUCCAAUGUCCAACAACAAUUCUUUGUACUAUCUGAAACUCACUAUACUCCAGAUAAAGUCUUUGGUGGAUUUCUCCCCAUGUCUCACAUUUAUGGCCUAUCCCAAUACAUUUAUACCUUACCCUUUAUUGGUAUUAAAACUGUCAUUUUCCCUAAAUUUGAUCUCCAACUUAUUUUAAACAAUAUUGAAACUCAUAAAAUUAACUUUCUUCAUAUUGUCCCCCCCGUUGCUGUUCUUUUCGCUAAAUCUCCUCUCGUCGAUAAGUAUCCAGAUAUUAAAUCCCAUAUCCAAGGACUUAUCUCUGGUGCCGCCCCACUCUCAAAAGAAUUAGCUUCUCAAGUCAUUUCUCGUCUAGGAUGUCCUGUUUACCAAGCUUAUGGGUUAACUGAAACUUCCCCCAUGACUCAUAUCUUUUCCUACGAUGUUGGGAACUAUAAUGUUUCUUCAAUUGGAUGGCUCCUCCCAGGAAUGGAGGCCCGCGUCGUGGCCGAAGAUGGAACUGAAAUUGAUACCCCGCACACUCCAGGAGAACUUUGGCUCCGCGGACCUAACGUUAUGCGCGGCUACCUUAAUAACCCAGAAGCAACCGCCGCAGCUUUUGCUGACCCUGAUACUUUGCAAUGGUUCCGUACAGGUGAUGUUGUUAUUUUGGAUGAAUCUGCUCAAUAUUUUGUUGUGGAUAGAUUUAAAGAACUUAUUAAAAGUAAAGGUCAUCAAGUUGCUCCUGCUGAAUUAGAAGCUGCUCUUUUGGCUCAUGAUUCUAUUGCUGAUGUUGCAGUAACUGGAUUCCAUGUCCCCCAUGAGGGGACUGAACUCCCAAGAGCAUUUAUUGUUCUUAAACAAGGAUUAGCACAAACCCCUCAGCAAAAACAAUUACAUGCUUUGGCAAUUAAAAAAUGGUUUGAUAGUACAGUUGCUCGCCAUAAACAACUUUGGGGUGGAAUUGUAAUUGUGGAUGAAAUUCCUAAAAGUGCAAGUGGAAAGAUUUUACGUCGUGUUUUACGUAGCCAAACUGCUGAUGUUGUUUAUGGCUAUGCUCCAAAGUCUAAGUUGUAA